UUUAGUUUGCAUUCGGAGGAGUUGUGUUUUGUUGUUGAGUGUCCAAUGGCUUCGUAUAGGCCAUUUCCUCCACCGUCGCAGUCGAGUUUUGUUCCUCCGCCACCGCCUCCGCAGAAUCAGAACCCUCCGCCACCACCGUCUCAAUCCAGGGGAAGUCAGUACUCGCAGAAUUGGGGGGGUUACGGAGUGAAUGAUGGAUCUUCGUAUACCCAGCAGAAUUACUCUCAGGUGCACCAGAGUUCAAAUUAUCAGCAUCCUGGUUACGUUCCUCCACCUCCUGCGACCAGAAAUCAGUAUCCACCUCCGCCUCCUCCUCCUGCGGAUUCUUCAUAUCCACCUCCGCCACCACCUUCUGGGCAGCCUCCUCCUCCUCCUGCUCCAAUGUAUUAUCCAUCUUCUCAGUACUCCCAGUAUAGCCAAAACCAGCCCUUGGAGCCCCCACCUCCACCCCCUCCACCUUCGUCUCCUCCAAGUUCUGCUAUUCCUCCUCCUCCCCCACCUUCUCAGCCACCGUCCCCUCCGCCACCUCCUUCAUCAGUUCCCUCUCAGAACCAACGUAAUGAAAGCAGGCCUAGUGUAGAGAAAAGGCGAGAAUCUGGCUGGCGUGAAUCAGGGCAUGGUAACCACACUACUCGUUCUAAACAGCCAGGCCAUUCUGUUCCUCCAUUGCCAGUGAAAAAAUCCAAUGCUCCUUCAGGAAGGGUUGAGACUGAGGAAGAGAGGAGGUUAAGGAAGAAGAGAGAGAUAGAAAAGCAAAGGCAUGAAGAGAAGAAUAGACAGCAUUUAAAGGAAUCACAGAAUAAGGUUCUGCAGAAAACCCAAAUGUUAACUUCUGGUACGAAGGGUCAUGGGUCAAUUAGCGCAUCACAUAUGGCUGACAGAAGAACCGCCCCUUUGCUAAGUGGCGAGAGGACAGAAAACCGGUUGAAGAAGCCGACAACAUUUCUUUGCAAGUUAAAAUUCAGAAAUGAAUUACCAGAUCCGACAGCGCAACCAAAGCUUUUGACUUUAAGAAGAGACCCAGAUCGAUUUACAAAAUACUCAAUUACUUCGUUGGAGAAAAUGCACAAGCCUCAACUAUAUGUCGAACCAGACCUUGGAAUUCCACUUGACCUUCUUGAUCUCAGUGUAUACAAUCCUCCCAAGGGCGUAAAGAUACCACUUGCUCCAGAAGAUGAAGAGUUAUUGCGCGAUGACAAUCCUAUAACCCCCAUCAAGAAAGAUGGCAUAAAAAAGAAGGAAAGGCCAACUGACAAAGGUGUUUCUUGGCUGGUCAAAACACAAUACAUCUCUCCUCUUAGCACGGAGUCAGCAAAACAGUCUCUUACUGAAAAGCAAGCUAAAGAAUUGCGAGAAACAAAAGGUGGACGCAACAUCUUGGAGAAUCUUAACAAGAGAGAUAGACAAAUCCAGGAGAUUGAGGCUUCUUUUGAGGCAUGCAAGUCACGGCCCAUUCAUGCAACCAAUCGCAGAUUGCAACCUGUCAAAGUCCAGCCACUUUACCCCGACUUUGAUCGGUACAAGGACCCGUUUGUGCUUGCGAAUUACGAUAGUGCUCCAACUGCUGAUUCAGAAACCUACAACAAGUUGGAUAAAACUGUCCGUGAUGCAUGUGAAUCACAGGCCGUUAUGAAAAGCUUUGUGGCUACAAGCUCAGAUGCAGAUAAACCUGACAAAUUUCUGGCAUAUAUGGUCCCUGCCCCGAAUGAGCUGUCGAAGGAUAUGUAUGAUGAAAAUGAGGAUAUCUCAUACUCUUGGGUUCGGGAGUAUCACUGGGAUGUACGAGGUGAUGAUGCAGAUGAUCCUAAUACGUAUGUUGUGGCGUUUGGGGAAACAGAGGCCCGUUACAUGCCUCUUCCAACAAAGCUUGUUCUGAGAAAAAAGAGAGCUAGAGAGGGAAAGUCAAAUGAAGAAGUCGAGCAUUUCCCAGUUCCCUCGAAAGUCACAGUAAGGAAGAGACCAACUGCAGCUGCCAUUGAACUGAAAGAAGAAGGGGGCUAUACAACAGCUUUGAAGGGGAAUGUUUCAAGUUCAAAGAGAACAAGAAUCAGUCAUGAAGAUGAUGUUGGUGAACAACAUAACAAUAUGCAUGAUGAUGAUCAAGAUCAAUCUAGUGGUGGCGAGUACUAUAUGUCUGAUUGAUUCCUUCACAUUCAUUUAAGCUGAUCAGAUAAUUUAACA